GCCAAGUCUCUUGUGAAAUUUGGUGACAGUGGUUUCCUGAGGUGCCAGGCCCCCUACCUCAUUCCCCAUGAAUGCUGUGGAAAGUCCGGAGGGGCAAGAGCUCCAAAGGAUGGGGAGUGGAGCCUGGGACAACCCUGCCUACAGUGGUCCCCCAUCCCCACAUGGGACACUGAGGAUCUGCACCAUCUCCAGUGUGGUGCCCCCCCUGCCCCAACCCAAAAAGCCUGAAGAUGGACCCCAGGAGAAGGCAUAUAGGACCCUGAUAUCCAGCUGCUGCUUCCAGAUCUGUCGUGGCAUCAGAGGACUUUGGGGAACAACCCUGACUGAGAACACAGCUGAGAACCGGGAGCUUUAUGUCAAGACCACCCUCAGGGAGCUGCUAGUAUACGUCAUGUUCCUGGUGGACAUCUGUCUUUUGACCUAUGGAAUGACAAGCUCCAGUGCCUAUUAUUAUACCAAAGUGAUGUCCGCCCUCUUCUUACAUACCCCGUCAGACACCGGAGUCUCCUUCCAAGCCAUCAGCAGCAUGGCGGACUUCUGGGACUUUGCUCAGGGCCCACUACUGGACAGUUUGUAUUGGACCAAAUGGUACAACAACCAGAGCCUGGGCCAUGGCUCCCACUCCUUCAUCUACUAUGAGAACCUGCUGCUGGGGGUUCCAAGGCUACGGCAGCUGAGGGUCCGCAAUGACUCCUGUGUGGUCCAUGAGGACUUCCGUGAGGACAUUUUGAGCUGCUACGACGUCUACUCUCCAGACAAGGAAGAGCGUCUCCCCUUUGGGCCUCUCAAUGGCACAGCGUGGACAUACCAUUCACAGGAUGAGCUGGGGGGCUCUUCUCACUGGGGCCGGUUGACAAGCUACAGUGGAGGUGGCUACUAUCUGGACCUUCCAGGAUCUCGGCAGGCCAGUGCAGAGGCACUCCAGGACCUUCAGGAGGGCCUAUGGCUAGACAGGGGCACUCGGGUGGUCUUCAUCGACUUCUCAGUCUACAAUGCUAAUAUAAAUCUUUUCUGUGUUUUGAGACUGGUGGUAGAAUUUCCAGCUACAGGAGGUGCCAUCCCAUCCUGGCAAAUUCGCACAGUUAAGCUGAUCCGCUAUGUCAGCACCUGGGACUUCUUUAUCAUUGGCUGUGAAGUCAUCUUCUGCAUCUUCAUCUUCUACUAUGUAGUUGAGGAGAUCCUGGAGCUCCAUAUCCACCGGCUUCGUUAUCUCAGCAGCAUCUGGAACAUUCUGGACCUGGUGGUUAUCUUGCUAUCCAUUGUGGCUGUGGGCUUCCACAUAUUCCGAACCCUUGAGGUGAAUCGGCUGAUGGGGAAGCUCCUGCAGCAGCCAAACAUGUAUGCUGACUUUGAGUUCCUCGCCUUCUGGCAGACACAAUACAACAACAUGAAUGCUGUGAACCUCUUCUUUGCCUGGAUCAAGAUAUUCAAGUACAUCAGCUUCAACAAAACCAUGACACAGCUCUCCUCCACGCUGGCCCGCUGUGCCAAGGACAUCCUGGGCUUUGCUGUCAUGUUCUUCAUUGUUUUCUUCGCCUAUGCCCAACUCGGCUACCUGCUUUUUGGAACCCAAGUGGAAAACUUUAGUACUUUCAUCAAGUGCAUUUUCACUCAGUUCCGGAUCAUCCUUGGGGACUUUGACUACAAUGCUAUCGACAAUGCCAACCGCAUCCUGGGACCUGCCUACUUUGUCACCUAUGUCUUCUUUGUCUUCUUCGUGCUCCUGAAUAUGUUCCUGGCCAUCAUCAAUGACACAUAUUCAGAGGUCAAGGAAGAGUUGGCUGGACAGAAGGAUGAGCUGCAACUUUCUGACCUCCUGAAACAGGGCUACAACAAGACCCUACUGAGGCUGCGUUUGAGGAAAGAGCGGGUUUCAGAUGUACAGAAGGUCCUGCAGGGUGGGGAGCAGGAGAUCCAGUUUGAGGAUUUCACCAACACCCUGAGGGAACUCGGUCACGCAGAGCAUGAAAUCACUGAGCUCACAGCCGCCUUCACCAGGUUUGAUCAAGAUGGGAAUCACAUCCUGGACAAGAAAGAGCAAGAACAAAUGCAACAGGACCUGGAGGACAAGAAGGUGGCCCUCAACGCUGAGAUUGAGAACCUGGGCCAGUCCAUUGCUAGUAGCCCACCAGGCGAGUCGGGUCCAGAGGCUACCAGAGCAGGUGGCUGGGUUUCAGGAGAAGAAUUCUACAGACUCACAAGGAGAGUUCUUCAGUUGGAGACUGUCCUGGAAGGAGUCAUGUGCCAGGUGGAUGCUGUGGGCUCAAAAUUAAAGAUGCUGGAGAGGAGGGGGCAGCUAGCUUCCUCCCCAGGCAUGGGGGAUCAAGACAUUUGGGAACAACAGCCGACCCCAGCUGUGACUCCAGACCCCUGGGGAAUCCAGGGUGGGCAGGAGAGUGAAUCUCCAGGUGAAAGAGAAAAGGAAACCCUGGGGGAGAGGAAACUUUCUCAUUGUGGAAACUCUCACUGUAGUUACAGUGUUGCAGAGAACUUGGAGUGAUCCCUCCAUCCAGGACAAAGACCAUGAAGGCUCAGUUGAGGAGGCUGCUCACGACAUUCCACUGACCUCUGGGAAAGGACAGGGCUUUCCCUGUAAACAGGGACACAGAUGGAGCCU